CGCAGAUGCAAAUGACAUUGUGUUGAAGUGUUCCAGACGCUGUCCUCCAGAGAAAUGUUCCAGGCCAAACUGCCCAAUACCCCGGCUGCGGGCCAUGAUUCCGGGUGCAGCUCUGCAGUCAGUGUAGUACAGAGAUCAAAGUCUUUUAGUAUGAAGCCUGCGGUCAGAGAGCUGUGCUCUUCCUGCCAGAAAACCGUCUACCCCAUGGAGCGGCUCGUGGCUGACAAACACAUCUUUCACAACUCCUGUUUCUGCUGCAAGCACUGCAGUGCCAAGUUAAGCCUGGGGACAUACGCCGCACUUCAUGGAGAGUUUUACUGCAAGCCUCACUUCCAGCAGCUCUUCAAGAGCAAAGGAAAUUAUGAUGAAGGAUUUGGUCGCCGACCUCACAAAGAUUUGUGGACCCACAAGGAGACAGAGGCGUCUGGGGACAAAGCACCCUGAGUGGUCCCCUUCUAUGCUGGGUGCCAUGGCUGUGGGGUGGUGAAUUGUCAUGCAGAUUAAGGCACUUUCCAUGGGUUGUGGCUGUUUUUUUGUCAACCUCUUACUGCUGGUGUAGAGGUUCACACGCCUGCUCCCAGAAUUCUUCCCUAGGACCCUACUGAUCUAGGGAUUAAAGGCUCUUCACCCUAUCCCGUGUACUUAAAAACAUUUAAAAUUUUACAUUCCAGGGUGAAGCAGCCUUUUUGAAUUCUGGGUGCACACGGCUCAGUGGGUUGGGUGGGGGGAGGAGUGGGUGGUGGUUAAGGAAAGGUGUCCUGUUUUAUUGUUGGGGGCAUUAGCUGAUGCUGCAGGGGUCAGCUUCUCAAUGGUCAACGUGUGAAGCUGUUUUUGUUUUGUCUUUUGAAACAUAUCUCAGGGGUGGGCUGUGGGGAAUUUAAAGGGGGUGGAAGGCCUAUCAUUCUCAGGAGACAUGGGCUUCUGUAGAGGUCCCUCACCCCUGAAAGAGGCCGUACGUUCAGGUCACCGACAGGACAUUGUCAUUUUGAGCUAUGGAUGAACACACUGGUCAGUCCCUAAACAAGAAUCCUGAGCUCGGCAACGUCCAUCCAGUCCACCAGUUCGGGAAUUCAAGUGGCACUUCUUGGCCCGAGUCUAGUGGUCGCUUCUCUUCCAAGCCUCUAAUUUCGCUCCUCGGAAAACCUCAUCAGCCUCUCCUUCUGUAGGAAAGAGGGAGGCCGCAACAUUCCUUAACUCCAGCUGUCGACAGGGUUAUCGGGCAACAGAAGGGGUUACUCAUUCUCUCUGCACUUGGGUUGAUGGCUUGUUUACAGACUUGAACUUGAUACCGUUGUACAAUGGAAGCCUCACUGCUCCAGAUCUAGUGCUUUUACUCUGAUGCAGUGCAUUCUGGGUCUGGCCAGUGCUCCCAGUUCACAUUAUCUUGGAUUUUACCCUUGCCACUAACAAUAUCUUUGUAGAGGAAAGGCGGGUGGGCUUGGAGGGGGCACAUGCUUAACCAUUCCUUCCUGCCAUAAACUUUUCUCCAUGAAAUGUGAGUGGUGCAAAGGAAUAUUGCUCCCCCACUGGCCGAAGGAAAUUUAAAUCUUACCCCAUUUAUGUUUAAAGGAUAAGUCAUCCUUUAAAAUAAGUGUAAAAUUGACUAUUGUGUUAUUCUAAGAAAUUUUGCAAUGUACAUUCAUUAUUUAUUUUCUUUUAAUUCCAAGAUAUUAAUGGAUACAUGUGCUGUUAAUAUAAAUGAAUUUUGUUACAACAGCGCCACCUGCUGGUCAUUUUCUGACUAGUCUGACCAGCAAGUAGUCAAGGAAAUUGUCAGGAGAAAGAAAGAGGCUGCUCUGAUGUUCUUCUGCUUAUGAAAGAUGUGGGAAAGGUUUCUAAUUUUAUUCCUCAGCAGAAGAACAUCAGAGCAGCCUCUUUCUUUCUCCUGACAACUUCCUUGACUACUUGCUGGUCAGACUGGUGGGAAACUGACCAGCAGAUGGUGCUGUUGGAACAAAAAUCAUUCAUAUUAACAGCACAUGUAUCCCUUAAUAUCUUGGAAUUAAAAGAAAAUAGUCAAUGAAUGUACAUUACAAAAGUGCUUAGAAUAGAACCCUCAUCAAUUUUACUUAUUUUAAAGGUUUACUUAUCCUUUAAAAAAAUAAAAUAAAGAGAUAAAUACCUGAAAAUAACACCAGCAAUCCUAUGUAGUGGCUAGUUGUGCUAGGGAUCAGGCACGUAUGUGUCGGAGAUAAAAUAGAAACGAUACCAAAACCAAAUAGCAACUUGGACUUUAAAUAUUUUCUUUUGACAUAGAUUGGGGGGGAGAAACGUAGUACAGCAAAACAGUUUCCAUAAGUAGGAUGUAAGCGUCAAGCACUAGAUUUUUCCAUGCAAGCAUCUGAAACCUGUGCCUCUCCCACCCAGUUGAGAAGGAUGCUGGGAGUCGAGUUCAGCCCCAGCGGGAGAGUCGAAGGUUGCAGAAUGCUGUUAUUUAAGGGGAACUAUCGUGAACAUGAAAAUUUAAUAUAAGCUUCAGCAUACUGAAAUAAACUUUCUAAAUACAAUAAAUUAAAUAUUUUGCAUAAUUUCUGAAAUAAUCAAGUUUAUCUUCACUAUACCUCUCUCAGCAUCUGUUUCUUUCGUUUUCUCUUCAUGCAGCAGUUGGGUGUCAGAUAAUCAUUGACAGAUCCAAUAUAUCUUAAGGGGGGCUCACUCACAUAACUGAUUCCAGUACAAACAAAAUCUAACAAAAUAACUGCCUUUUGCACAAAUCCUGCAUGUAGAGAGACAUGAUGUCUGGUGAUUUUAAUAGAGUGAGCUCUAAUACAUCUUCUAGGCAAAAGGAGCCCUCACUCACAUAACUGAUUCCAGUACAAACAAAAUCUAACAAAAUAACUGCCUUUUGCACAAAUUCUGCAUGUAGAGAGACAUGAUGUCUGGUGAUUUUAAUAGAGUGAGCUCUAAUACAUCUUCUAGGCAAAAGGAGCCCUCACUCACAUAACUGAUUCCAGUACAAACAAAAUCUAACAAAAUAACUGCCUUUUGCACAAAUUCUGCAUGUAGAGAGACAUGAUGUCUGGUGAUUUUAAUAGAGUGAGCUCUAAUACAUCUUCUCGGAGCCCCCCUAUAAGAGUUUAUUUCAGUAUGAAGAAACUUAUUCAAUUUAAAUUUUUGUGAUAGUUCCCCUACAAAAAACACUCCGAUCUGGUGGUUAUCCAGACUAAAUGCAACAGAAGCACACACAUACACACAUAGAUGUUACAGAGAUGUGUAGGCCAUAGAUUGCACAAGCACUGUCUCUGUUCAAUGGAUCUCAGGACCCACCUGCAAUCUUGUCUGUAGAUCUGGAGCUGAGUUUUCUGUGUAUAUUUUACACCCUCGUUCUGCCUUAUCCUUCUCCUGGCUCCGUGCCUUUGGCUGCAUAUUAUCAGGGUGUUUCCCUUGGUCCCCCCAAAAGCAUAAUCUCUUUCUGUGCUUAUGGAUAUGCCAGUGUACGACUGUUCUGUAAUACAGGGUAAUUAUAUAAAGCAUCUUGCUGUUUUGUUCUAUA